GUGUGCCGAUCUGUGGUGGAGAAGGUAUCUCUUUCCUCUCCAACAUCAUCUCCACUUUGCAUCUGUCUCUCUUAGUCUGCUUUUUUUCCACCGAUGUAACAGACCUGGAGCCAGCAAGACUCCGAGGGAAGGACUUAAUCAAGUUUAUGUGUCCUAAAGGUUAUGAAGACAGUAUGGAGUUUCCAGAUCACAGCAGACAUUUGCUGCAGUGUCUGAGCGAGCAGAGACACCAGGGCUUUCUUUGUGACUGCACUGUUCUGGUGGGAGAUGCCCAGUUCCGGGCGCACCGAGCUGUGCUGGCUUCAUGCAGCAUGUAUUUCCACCUCUUUUACAAGGACCAGCUGGACAAAAGAGACAUUGUUCAUCUGAACAGCGACAUUGUGACAGCCCCCGCUUUCGCUCUCCUGCUUGAAUUCAUGUACGAAGGGAAACUCCAGUUCAAAGACUUGCCCAUUGAGGACGUGCUAGCAGCUGCCAGUUAUCUCCACAUGUAUGACAUUGUCAAAGUCUGCAAAAAGAAGCUAAAAGAGAAAGCUACCACUGAGGCAGACAGCACCAAAAAGGAAGAAGACGCUUCAAGCUGUUCAGACAAAGUCGAGAGCCUCUCAGACGGCAGCAGCCACAUGGCAGGUGACCUGCCCAGUGAUGAAGAUGAAGGCGAAGAUGAGAAAUUGAACAUUCUACCCAGCAAAAGGGACUUGGCAGCUGAGCCUGGGAACAUGUGGAUGCGAUUGCCCUCAGACUCAGCAGGCAUCCCCCAGGCUGGCGGAGAGGCCGAGCCACACGCCACAGCAGCUGGAAAAACAGUAGCCAGCCCCUGCAGCUCAACAGAGUCUUUGUCCCAGAGGUCUGUCACCUCCGUGAGGGAUUCGGCAGAUGUUGACUGUGUGCUGGACCUGUCUGUCAAGUCCAGCCUUUCGGGAGUUGAAAAUCUGAACAGCUCUUAUUUCUCUUCACAGGACGUGCUGAGAAGCAACCUGGUGCAGGUGAAGGUGGAGAAAGAGGCGUCCUGUGAUGAGAGUGAUGUUGGCACUAAUGAUUAUGACAUGGAACAUAGCACUGUGAAAGAGAGUGUGAGCACUAACAACAGGGUACAGUAUGAGCCGGCCCACCUGGCUCCUCUGAGGGAGGACUCGGUCUUGAGGGAGCUGGAUCGGGAGGACAAAGCCAGUGAUGAUGAGAUGAUGACCCCAGAGAGCGAUCGGGUCCAGGUGGAAGGGGGCAUGGAAAGCAGUCUGCUUCCCUAUGUCUCCAAUAUCCUGAGCCCUGCAGGCCAGAUCUUCAUGUGCCCCCUGUGCAACAAAGUCUUCCCCAGCCCCCACAUCCUGCAGAUUCACCUGAGCACGCACUUCCGAGAGCAGGAUGGCAUCCGCAGCAAGCCUGCCGCCGAUGUCAAUGUGCCCACGUGCUCCCUGUGUGGGAAGACUUUCUCUUGCAUGUACACCCUCAAGCGCCACGAGAGGACUCACUCGGGGGAGAAGCCCUACACGUGCACCCAGUGCGGCAAGAGUUUCCAGUACUCGCACAACCUGAGCCGCCACGCUGUGGUGCACACCCGUGAGAAGCCCCACGCCUGCAAGUGGUGCGAACGCAGGUUCACGCAGUCGGGAGACCUGUACAGACACAUCCGCAAGUUCCACUGUGAGUUGGUGAACUCCUUGUCGGUCAAAAGCGAAGCACUGAGCUUGCCCACUGUCAGAGACUGGACCUUAGAAGAUAGCUCUCAAGAACUUUGGAAAUAAUUUUAUAUAUAUAUAUAAAUAAUAUAUAUAUAUAUACAUAUAUAUACAUAGAUCUCUAUAUAGUUGUGGUACGGUCUAAAAGCAGUCUUGUUUCCUGGAACUGAAAAGUUGGGAUCUUAACUUGUUUUUGCACUUUAGAAUAAUAGCAUGAGAAUCUCACUAAUUUAGCAUUCUGAUAAAAGAAACUUUAGAGCAAGUCAGAAGUAGAAAGGUGUCUUUCCUUUGAAGGGUAGGCCAAGUUAGCCAAUAAAUCCUUCUCAGCAAAUGGUUCUGUCACAAAAUGCUUUCAGAUGGCUUCAUUUUGUAGACACUGCAUUGUCUUGAGCGCUUUUCUUGUGCCCCACAUUGUUUUGUUUUGUUUUGUUUUCAAAGUAGAAAUCCCCUCCAGUUUUAUUAGCCUCUUUAUAUGUCUCAAAUUGCAUGAGUAUUUUCUGGCUGUUGGAAACCUGAAUGCUUUUAGACCCAAAUGGAAAAUUUCUGAAAUGCUGGAUUAUCUAUUUUUAAACAAGCAGUUGACUUAAAACUUUCUGUGGCAACUUCUGGUUUUCUGACAGUUCCCAGUGAGAGCAAUUGUGACAGUACACUGGGUCACUGGGACUGUCUCUGUGAAGGUUUGCUUGAGAUGAAAGAGGGUAUUGCAGCUUCAGCAGUGUUGAACUGUGUUUAAAAUGUGAAUUACUGUUCUUGUAUACUGUAAUUGAUUACACGGGCUGGGGGGGUGUCAAAGAACUUGACAGGUUGUGUUGAUGCUCUUAGUUGAGUCUUGAAAAGUAAAUAUUAACGCUACAGAAAUGCAUGAGUUUCAAUAUAUUUUUUGUCUUUGUUUGCAUUGUAUAACUUUAACGAGUGAGUUUAAAAUUAUUUAAUUUCCUUAGAAAAAUAGCACCGUUUGGGGAAAAAAAACUGGUGUUACGAAGAACGUAAAUGCACUGUUUUUAUUUUUAUUUUAUAUAAUUUAAAUUGACUUUUCCCACUGUCUUUAAGUUGAAACUGUUAAGCUGAAUAAAAACUUAAGCUGCAAAUUGAUAACUUCGCUACAUUACAAGGAACAUAUAAAUGUUUACAAACGGCUUAAAGAUUUGCAUGUGCAGUGUGCAUUUAUAACACACUUGUAAUUGCACAGAACCCAUGCCAGCUCAGAGUUUAGGUGUACACAUGUACCCAGCUGAGCAUUUUUAGAAUAACUACUGCACAAAUUGACAAUAGGUCAUAGGUCAUUCUCUCUCUCUUUUUGCUUCCCUUUUCUUUUUUCCCCUGUUUCCUUUCCCCUACCCCCUAACUUGUGAAAAGAUUUCUAUGGACUGAGAAAGCCCCAGGCUGAAAGGACUGCACUGCCUUGAUUGACAUGGGGAAGGGGGUUAGUAGACUAUGUGUAUCGGCAGCAGAGGCUGCAGCCCAACGUGUGGUUUUAAUGACCAGCACGCAGGGGAGAAGCAUUUUGCACAGUGUUUGUUUUCCUGUCUUGCACUUACAAAUAAGGUCUAUGGGAGUAGCAUGGAAAAUGUUUGUUGUUUUUCCCUUUUUCUUUUUUAAUUGCUUUUGUUUAAAAUUUGAUCGCCUUAACUACUGUAAACAUAGCCUAUUUUUGUGCUUAAGAUACUGAAUGGAAAACUCCAUUGUGUGUUGCUGGACUGUUUUGGAAAUAUUUGGUCAAAUGUAUGUUAAUUUGGCUGUAAUGGCAUUUAAAGCAAACAAACAAACAAACAAAAAAAGCUGUGAAAAUGGCCUUGGAGCAUUAUCUUUAGUUACUUGAAGAGUUUCUAGUUUUUUUGUUUUUGUUUUUUUAAUACAGUUUAUGUUAAAAUAAUAUUAAUUUAGAGAAGACAAUCAAUGUCUGUGAGAGAACGGACUUCUUUUGGAUUUUUUUUUUUCUCUCUUUUUGUGGUCAUUGUGAGUGAUUGCUUUUUCCUUUUUCUUAGUUUCACAUUCUUCCUUUGUUCUAAAUCUUAGACUGACAUCUAGCUUUGACAAUCAUAGUAUGUUUUAUUUCCUGAGGGGGAAUAACUUAUAAUGCUGUUUAGUUUUGUACUAUUGGUGUGUUGGUGAAUUUUUAAACUGUGUGCUAACUGCAAUAAAUUAUAUGAACUGAGAA